AUGGCGGAGCUGCAGAUGCUGCUGGAGGAGGAGAUCCCGGGGGGGCGCCGGGCCCUGUUCGACAGCUACACGAACCUGGAGCGGGUGGCCGAGUACUGCGAGACCAACUACAUCCAGUCAGCAGAUAAGCAGCGAGCCCUGGAAGAAACCAAAGCCUACACAACCCAGUCAUUAGCAAGCGUAGCCUAUCUGAUCAACACUUUGGCCAACAAUGUUCUCCAAAUGCUGGAUAUCCAGGCAUCCCAACUUCGACGCAUGGAAUCUUCUAUCAACCAUAUUUCACAAACGGUGGACAUUCACAAAGAGAAAGUUGCUAGAAGAGAAAUUGGUAUCUUGACUACAAACAAAAACACCUCAAGAACUCACAAAAUCAUUGCACCAGCUAACUUGGAGCGACCAGUUCGCUACAUCAGGAAACCUAUUGAUUAUACAAUUCUAGAUGAUAUUGGACAUGGAGUGAAGUGGUUGCUUAGAUUUAAGGUCAGUACACAGAAUAUGAAGAUGGGUGGGCUGCCUCGUACAACACCACCCACCCAGAAGCCACCAAGUCCACCAAUGUCAGGAAAAGGAACUAUUGGGCGUCACUCUCCCUAUCGUACGCUGGAGCCAGUACGUCCUCCGGUGGUACCAAACGACUAUGUGCCUAGCCCGACACGCAAUAUGGCUCCCUCACAACAGAGCCCUGUUAGAACAGCUUCUGUGAAUCAGAGGAAUCGCACAUACAGCAGCAGUGGGAGUAGUGGAGGAAGCCACCCAAGUAGUCGGAGCAGCAGUCGAGAGAACAGUGGAAGUGGAAGUGUGGGUGUUCCUAUUGCUGUUCCCACACCAUCUCCUCCCAGUGUCUAUCCAGCCCCUGCUGGCUCGGCUGGCACUUCUCCCCUUCCUGCUACCUCUGCUCCUGCCCCCACUCCUCCUGCUCCUGCCCCUUCCUCCGCUGCCCCAGAUGCUGCUGCUGCUGCUGCAGGAGCUCAGCCCCUUGCUGAUGGCUUCACCUCUCCAACUCCCCCUGCUGUUUCUUCCACAUCCUCUACAGGUCACCCAGUUCAGUUCUACAGCAUGAACAGGCCUGCAUCUCGACACACCCCCCCAACAAUAGGGGGAUCUUUGCCAUAUCGGCGUCCUCCUUCGAUCACAUCACAGACAAGCCUUCAGAACCAGAUGAACGGAGGACCGUUUUAUAACCAGAACCCAGCAUCCCUUGCUCCUCCUCCCCCCUCCAUCCUACAGGUAACUCCACAGUUACCGCUGAUGGGAUUUGUGGCCAGAGUUCAAGAAAACAUUUCAGAUACUCCUCCCCCGCCACCGCCUGUGGAUGAGCCGGUGUUCGAUGAAUCUCCACCUCCACCCCCACCUCCGGAGGAUUAUGAGGAGGAGGAAGCAGCUGUGGUGGAGUACAGUGAUCCAUAUGCUGAGGAGGACCCUCCUUGGGCACCAAGAACCUACUUAGAAAAGGUGGUGGCGAUCUAUGACUACACGAAGGACAAAGAAGAUGAGCUCUCAUUUCAGGAAGGUGCCAUCAUUUAUGUCAUCAAGAAAAAUGAUGACGGCUGGUAUGAGGGGGUCAUGAAUGGAGUGACAGGGCUUUUCCCAGGGAACUACGUGGAGUCAAUCAUGCAUUACUCGGAGUGAAGACUAGAGGACAGAACACUGCAUCUCCUGCUGCAGGAGCUGUCAGGGCUUCCCAGAUCUCCACCAGCCUCUGGGGCCCCGUGCAGUAUAACUGAAUGAAGGAUAAUUGUAA